AUGGCUGCGGUGGGUCCUCUGACCAAGGGCCCGUCGGUAGUGCCACCGCCGCGACAGGUGCGGCCGACAGGAGGCGUCUCGGGGCCCCCGCCGCCUAGUGGCAAUGCUGGAGGUGGUGCGGUCGGAGGAGGAGGGUCUGGAGCCGGAGGCUCGGGCCAGCUGCCGCUGCUGAACCUGUCCAAGGUCCGCGCCUCGUGGGAGGCCCGUCCGGGGGAGAACAGCUCGGCCAGCGGCCCACUCUCGGUCCGGUCUGCGGCUAGCUCGGGCGGCGAUCGCUAUGGUGCCGCGCUCUCGUACCGCCAGCGCAAGUAUCUGCUCUCGCAACAGCGCAGCCGCGGUGGCGCCGCACCACGCCCGUCGCCCUACUCGGCUCGCCAGCGCCGCCAGUAUGCCAAGCCGAGCUACCAGGCCUCGUCGUCGCUCUUUACCCGCGCAAAGUCGCAUCGCUCGCGGACCGGUCGAUCCGGUGCAAGCCUUGCAAGCAUCUACGGCGGCGGAAGGGGCGCAGACAGGAGUGCCGGUGGCGGCGGCGGCGGUCGCGCCGGUCGCGGAGGACUGACCUCGGCGGCCGCCCCCGUCCCGCCCCGCAACGACGCCCAGACCAUCCCCACCGUCUUCCACGCAGAAGGCUCGUUUGCAGCAUCAUCCGGACCGACCACCAUCCAGACCGCACGCGAAGCUACCAGCCAUGCUGCCGCGGCCGACGCCGCGGCCCCAGACUCGAGCUAUCAGCCGCUCUCGGCACGCCUCCCGCGUACCGCGCCGCUUGUGCCCGCCGGCGACGGCGACGACGCCGCCGCCGCUCCCGACUCUGCUGUCGAGACUGCUGACGAGCCCCAUGCGGCCGCCGAGUCCGAUGGCUCGCAGGACCAUCUCACUGGUCUGUACGAGAGUUUCCGGCGGCGGUUGUACGACAAAAACGUGGGCUCGUCGCUGCUCGACGGAGCCGAGCCUGUGUCGGCGUCCGAGCCCGCGGGCGAGCCCGCGGGCGAGCCUGCGCCAGCAGCUCCGGCCGCGUAUGCGCCGCCCAAGUCAAUUCUGCACGCAGAUGCGCUGGCGGCCAAGGUUGGCCCGUCGCCGCGCAAGCGAGUCGGACUCAAGCAGCUGCGACAGGGCGCAGCGCCGGCAAACAAGCCGGUGGACGCCAAGGCCAGCGACACGGCUCGGUCACCGGCCCAGACAGUUCCAAGCAGUGAUGCAGUGCGUCCAACACCGCCGAGCAAGGGUCUCGCUGCAGCGACCAAGCCGCCGUCGACCGCCGAGCCCACGCCGCCGGCCAGCAACAGCUCGCUGGCAGCCCGCCGCGGCCGCGCCGGCAAGGCGCAGCGAGUCGUGUCCGGCGGCGAGGGCCUCGUCGGCGUCGUCGCCGGUGCAGCCAAGCAACCCAAGCCGAGUCUUGAGAGCGGGACCGGCAGGGUUGACAGCGGGACCGGGGCCGGCAUGACCCGUGAGGGCCCGCGGUCGAGCUCGGGGCCCAAGGACUCGGUCUCUGCCGGCGGGCGCGGAGCGCAGGCCGAGAGUGGCGAGUACCUGACGCCAGCGCAGGUGCUGAAGGACCACUCGGCGGCGCUCACACCGUACGAGCAGGCUGAGGUCCUCGAGUUUCCCAAGGUGUACUUUUUCGGGACGACCAAGUCGAAGAUCCGGGCCAAGCCCGGGGCGCCACACAACCACGGGUACGACGACGAAAAUGGUGACUACAAGCUCGUCAUGCACGACCACAUUGGGUACCGCUACGAGGUUCUCGACCGGGUCGGCAAGGGCUCGUUCGGCCAGGUGGUCAAGGUCUACGACUGCAAGCGCAACGAGAUGAUGGCGCUCAAGCUCAUCCGCAACAAGAAGCGGUUCCACUCGCAGGCGCUAGUCGAAGUCAAGGUCUUACAGACUAUCCGCGACUCGGAUACGCAGGACAACUCGUGCAUCAUUCACAUGAUUGACCACUUUUACUUCCGCAACCACCUGUGCGUCACCUUUGAGCUCCUCUCGGUCAACCUCUACGAGUUCAUCAAGAUGAACAACUUCCAAGGCUUCUCGCUCGGCCUCAUCCGCCGCUUUGCCGUGCAGAUGCUGCAGGCGCUACGCUUUCUCAAGAAGCAGAGCAUCAUCCACUGCGACCUCAAGCCCGAGAACGUGCUCCUCAAGAACGCCGCCAAGUCGGGCAUCAAGGUCAUCGACCUCGGCUCGUCGUGCUUUGAGAACCAGCGAGUCUUUACCUACAUCCAGUCGCGGUUCUACCGCUCGCCCGAGGUCAUCCUCGGCCUCCCGUACGGCACUGGCAUCGACAUGUGGAGCCUAGGCUGCAUCCUCGCCGAGCUUUUCACCGGCACUCCGCUCCUCCCCGGCGAGUCCGAGGUCGAGCAGAUGCUGUGCAUGCAGGAGAUCCUGGGCGUCCCGCCGCGCUCGCUGCUGCAGGCCUCGGAGCGCCGCAAGCACUUUUUCGACUCGAACUUUCACCCGCGCAUCGUCCCCAACUCGCGCGGCCGCAAACGGUAUCCCGGCACCAAGGACUUGCGUAGCACGCUGAGAUGCAGCGAUGAGCUGUUCAUCGACUUUCUCAAGCGGUGUUUGGCCUGGGACCCGGCCCGCCGCCUCACCCCCUCCGCUGCCCUCCAGCACCCCUGGAUCAUGGCCGCACUCUCGGGCUCGUCCAAGACCGCCUCGGGCUCGUCCAAGGCCGCCGCGGCCUCGGCCCCUCGCCCGCCCGCCCAUCCACCUUCAAAGCCGCCCUCGGCCUCCUCCUCCUCCUCUGCCGUCUCGUCGCUCCUCCGUAAGCGGCGAGCAGCCAAGGCUAGCAGCCGCCGAUAG